AUGGCCAUCGACAAGCCCAGUCUAACCUUCAACCCACUGCACCCCACAUUUGGAGCCGAAUGCAAGGGUGUAGACUUCUCUCAGCCAGUGCCUACAGACACCAUUGAUCAUAUUCGCGCCGCGAUGGCCAAAUAUGGAGUCCUGGUCUUUCGCAACACUGCUCUCGACGAUACGAGCCAUACGAACCUGGCGCGUCAAUUCGGCAAGCUUGAUGUUUCGACAGUGAUGAGGAAUUCCGGGACACCGUAUCGAUUGGGCCCCGAAAGCCAAUUGACAGACGUUGCGAAUGUGGACCGGAAUGGCAAUAUCGAGUCAGUGAAUAGUUUACGAUCGCAAGCAUUCCGGGGAAAUAGUCUGUUUCACGUGGACUGCUCCUUCAAUCACUUUCGAGCCGGAUAUUCUCUCCUCCGCGCUCACCAGUUGCCUCCUCCAGGGAGUGCCGGCGGGACCGAAUUCGCCGAUACCCGAAGCGCAUAUGCGGAUCUGGAUGAGGAUAUGAAGACUCAGGUUCAUGACUAUGUCUUGUGGCAUUCGAUGCUGCAUAGUCGAAUAUUGGCAGUUCCGGAUAAUUGGAUCUUCAAGAUUGUCGACUGGACGUUGGACAUGCAUGGUUUUCGUCGUCUUCCCUAUCUCAUUAUUUUAGUAUGUUACAACCUUUCUAUACCGAGUCACAAAAGCUCAUACUAG